CAGAUCAGUCAUGAGCUUCGAUUUGCGGCUUCUACUUGUAAUCCUUCUUCCGGGAUGGGCCCGGCCUCAGCUUCCGGAUCGCGUGGCCCGGCAUAUGGCUAGCAAUGUGGAUCCUUGCCUAGACUUCUAUAGAUACGCCUGCGGCAAGUGGGCAGCCGUCCAUGCCGGCAUGGGGUAUCGAAGCGUGGUGGGCCAGCUGGAUUUCAACUACCACAACGACCUGGCCGAUGUGCUGGAGCAGCCCCUGAUCUCCGGCCAGGAGGAGCCCGGUUUCGUGAGGCUCGUCAGGGACUACUACGCUGCCUGCAGAGUGAACCAGACGGUGGUCCGGGCAAUGGAGGUGCUGGGUUGGAUCAUCCGGAAACGGGAAGCCAGUCGGGCCGACCUCACGGUAGGAGUGAACGCUGCCUUCCGCCUUCAUAUCCUUCUGGAUCUCCACAGCGCGGACAUGCAGAAGGUGUGGGUCGACCUGAUAGUGCGCUACGACGUGGACUGGGACGAGAAAGAGACCCGCAGGGAGGCUAUGACCCGCGAGGAGUUUGAUCGCCUGUGGAAGCAGUUUCCGGCGGCGGAGCUGGAGGACAAGGAGAGCUUCUGGAGCAGCGUGACCACCCUCGAAAAGGAACUUCUCGAUGCUGGACAGGGGGAGGCGUUCAAUAUUCUGAAAGGACCUCCCGCAUACUGGAUGUUUCCCUGGCCCGCCCGCAACCCCGAUGUCUGGCACUUCAAGCAGAUGGUCUUGGUCCUCUCCUAUUGCCCCAUCCAGUUCCUGCUCCGCUACAUCUACCUGCGUCUGAGCCUGAUCCCGAGUCCAGAGUCUAUCCAGCCAUGGGCCAUCGAGCGCAACGACUGCGCCCAGCAGGCCCGCGAGUUCCUCGGCCACCCCGCUGUCUGGCUGAUGGAGCAGCAUCACCCCAGACUGCAGGAGGAGCCGGUGUUGCAAGGACUGUUCGGGGAGCUGAAGCAGCGCUUCGGCCAGAAGCUGCGGGCCAACCGGAACGAGUUCUCCGCCAAGGUGCAGGCCUUCCUGCUGGCCAAGCUCGACCGGAUGCAUCUCCGCCUCAGCGUCCUGCCCCAACGGGGCGACAAGGUCUCCACCAUCGCGGAGCGCUACCGUUUCAUCAAGCUUAACGCCUCAGACCACUUUGGCAACCUGGAGCAUCUUCUAACCAUCUAUGGAAUGGCGGCAGCACUGCCAUACUCGAUCUCUCCCAGAUUCGAGAUGCGGAAGUGGUGGCUGCCCAUCGACCGGCGGAACUACGGUAGCUUCGCCUCGCCCUUCUUCCUGCCGCGGGCCAAUAUGCUGGUGGUGCCCCUCUCCCUGCUCGCCAGCCCCCUCUACGAGCGCAACCAGUCUGACCUGCUGACCUACAGCUCCCUGGGCUUUAUCCUGGGCCACGAGCUGACCCACGGCUUCGGCUUCCACGAGGUGGGGCGGAGCCCGCGCGGCCACCUGCACCCCGGCGUAAUCAAGGAGUUGCGCCGCAACAAGUCCUUCCGGCGAGCGGAGGAGUGCGUGGAGGACCGCUUCGGGCCGAAGUACUCCGAGGAGAAGCUGGCCGACGCCAUGGGUCUGGAGCUGGCGUACUCGGCCUACUUCCACGAGGCGGAGACGGACCGGAAACGGAACCGCACCGGUUCCCAGUCGCCGCAGCAGCGACAGCUCUUCUUCCUCAACAUGGCGCAGUUCUUCUGCUCCGACGAGCGCUGGUGGGACCAUAGCAGCCGCCACGGAAGCGACCGGCGGCGGGUGAACGAUGCGGUAAAGAUGUUCCCACCCUUCCUGGAGGCCUUCGGCUGUCCGGCCUCCCCCCGGGCUUCGAGGAAACCGUGCCGGCUCUACUGAUCGAUGGAAUCCCCCUAUUUACAAGUCUGGGGAAAAAAAAAUAAAGUGAAACGCAGUGGCUGGGUGACA